AUGCCGCGGGGAGAUGGCUGGGACUCUUGGGAAAGCCCCGGGGUGCUGCUGGGGGCAGUGGGAGAUGCUGAGGGGACGUGGCUGGGACUCCCAGAGCCAGCCCGGCCGGGGGAGGAGCCGGCCGCGCACAAAACCUCCCGCCCGGCCCCUCCGGCCCCCGCACCGGCACCGGCACCGGCGGCGGGGGGCGCCCAGCGCCCGCCCGGGGCCAUGCGCGCCGCGGCGGGCGGGGGGGAGCGGCCGCCGGGCGCGCAGGGGCUGCGGAACCACGGGAACACCUGCUUCAUGAACGCGGUGGUGCAGUGCCUGAGCAACACGGCGCCGCUGGCCGAGUUCCUGGCGCUGGGCCGCUACCGCGCCCGCGGGGCCGGCGCCGAGGUCACCCACCGGCUGGCCGCCCUGGUCCGCGCCCUCUGGACCCGCGACUACACGCCGCAGCUCUCCGCCGAAUUCAAGAACAUCGUCUCCAAGCACAGCUCACAGUUUCGGGGGAACACGCAACACGAUGCCCUCGAGUUCCUGCUCUGGCUGCUGGACCGCAUGCAUGAGGACCUGGGUGCCACCUCCCCUGCCCAGCAGAGCCGCGUCCCUGAGGAGCCCGGCGAGGACGGGAGCGGCAGUGCCAGCAGCUCCCCGCCGGCCGCCCAGCAUCCCCGCGGGCAGAGCUUCGUGCAGAGCCACUUCCAGGCGCAGUACAGGUCCUCCCUGACGUGCCCUCACUGCCUGAAGCAGAGCAACACCUUCGACCCCUUUCUGUGCAUCUCCUUGCCCAUCCCGCUGCGCCAGACCAGGGCUCUCAACGUCACCCUGGUGCUGCAGUGCGAGCGCUGGCGGUUCGUGCGGGUGGGGCUGGCCGUGCCCCUGCUGGGCACCGUGGCCGAGCUGCGGGAGAUGGUGGCACGGGAGGGACGCAUCCCCCCAGAGCAGGUGAUCCUGGCCGAGGUGUCCCCGCGGGGCUUCCUGCGCUCCCUGGGUGACGCGGAGGAGCUGGGUGCUGCCGGGGAGGGGGCUCCCCUCUACGCCUUCCAGCCCCCCCCUGCCCGCCGCGCAGGGUGCCCCCGCAGCCUGCCCGCCUCCCCGGGGGCAGCCCAGCCGGAGGGGCAGCGCCUACUGCCCGCUGCUGCCCGCUCCUCCGACUGCCUGCACCGCGGGGCGGGCGGCCGCAUCCUGCUGCUGCUCUGCAACACGGCGGGCACCGGCCCCCAGCUCGCCAGGUUCGGGCCGCCGCUGGUGCUGCGGGAGGAGCGGGGCGUCUCCUGGGAGCAGCUCCAGCAGAGCAUCCUGGUCCAGCUGCGGGCCCUGCUGCGGGGAGAGGUGCGGGCGCAGGGCGUGGGAGCCCUCUUCCGCAUCCGCCUGGCCGGGGGCUCGGCCCCCUGCGCCUACCUGUCCCCGCAGGACCCCCACCCUCUCUGCCACCCCGCCGUUGACAGAGCCCUGCAGCUGAGCGGGGCAGGUGGCCCUCCCCACGUGAAGCUGACGGUAGAGUGGGACCUGAGCACCAAAGAGCGCCUUUUCGGCAACAUCCAGGAGGAGGUGGUGCAGGACGCGGAGAGCGUGCAGCUGCAGCAGCAAGCGCACCGGCAGCAGCACAGCUGCACGCUGGACGAGUGCUUCCAGCUCUACACCAAGGAGGAGCAGCUGGCCCCGGACGACGCCUGGCGCUGCCCGCACUGCAAGGUGCCCCAGCAGGGCACGGUGAAGCUGAGCCUCUGGACGCUGCCCGACAUCCUCAUCAUCCACCUCAAGCGCUUUCGCCAGGUAGCUGAGCACCGGCACAAACUCACCACGCUGGUGAGGUUCCCCCUGCGGGGUCUCGACAUGGCCCCCCACGUGGCGCAGCGGGGCCAGGCCGGCGGGCAGCUGUUGGGGCACUGGGCGCCCUGGCAGCCCCCCCUCUGCCUGCCCCCGAGCUCCCCCCACGACUACCUCUACGACCUGUACGCCGUCUGCAACCACCACGGCAGCAUGCAGGGCGGCCACUACACCGCCUACUGCUGCAACGCCCUGGACGGGCGGUGGUACAGCUACGACGACAGCAGGGUGGAGGGGGUGCAGGAGGCGGAGGUGAGCACCCGCAGCGCCUACAUCCUCUUCUACCAGCGCCGCAACGCCGUGCCUGCAUGGUCGGCCGGCAGCUCCGUCAGGGGCUCCACCGCCUCCUCGCUCUCGGAUCACUGGCUGGCCCGCCUGGGCGGCAGCACACGCAACACCACGGCCUCGCGUCCCUCGGCCACCCGGCCCUCCCCGCCCGGCACCCCCGAUGCCACCGCUGCCCCGGAGAAAGGUGGCUUCGAGGCCAGACCCUUGGUGCGGGGCGUCCAGGGCCGCAGCCUCAGCGUCAAGCUCUCGCCCGCCGGUGGUCCCCCCAGGGCUGUGCCCCCGCGCUGGUCCUUCGCCUGCAAGGAGCGGGGCCGGCCGGGGGUCCCGGGGGAGCUGGUGGCCUACCUGGAGUCAGGGCGCCGGCCCCGCUGCACCCACCGCUCCCUCCUCCCGCUCCGCACGGGUGGGGAGAGCGGCCCCGACACCCCCCCGGCCCCCAGCCCCGUGCCAGCCGGCCCCCCGAAACAGCCCAGCAAGGGGCAGGAGGAGCCAGGCACCCCCCGAGCCCCCCGUCAGCCCCUCCGUGUGCCUGUGCUGCAGCGAGCUGCCAGCACUGGCGCCGAGGGGUCCCUGCGCCAGCCCCCCAAAAGCCAGAGCAGCCCGGGGCGGAGCGGGGAGGGGACGGGGGGGCUCCGCCGCCCUGGGCUGCCACGGCCGGAGGGGGACACGGGUGUCCCCCCGGCAUGCCUGUCCCCUGGCCCGGUGGCCAUGGCGCGCUCGCAGAGCUCAGCGAGCCUCCCCCUGCGCCCCAAGGGGGGCCUGCGGCGCUCGGCCUCGCUGGGCAGGGGCACGGGGGGGCCCCCCCUGCCUGCCCGCGGUCCCCCUGGGGCCACGCUCCAGCGGGGACGGCAGCCCACGGGCUUGCUGUGCCGCCCGGCCGUGCCCGAGUCCAGCUUCUGA